GCUCUCUGUCUACAUACACGUCUGUUUAAAUCCGCGCUUGUACAGCACUCCCAGGCUGUCUUUCCCCACAUUUAUCCUUGGACUUCCCACGUCAGGCCUUGUUGCAGGCUAUUAUAGAAUCUGUCCUACCUAUCCAUCAAACGACUCGGACACGUUCGACGUACACCACUGUAAGGCUAUCUGAAGGAUAAGACUCCCUCGAAUUCUCAGAGUAUCUCUGAACUAUGCCUGAGAGAGUGUUCAUCAUCGGGGCGGGAUGUACGGCGUUCAUCAAGCCGAGAGGUUUGAGGUCGACGAACGACAUGGGCUUGGAGGCAGCGACGAAGGCCUUGCUUGACGCAGGAAUUACCUACGAGGACGUUGAACAUGCCUACGUCGGGUACUGUUACGGCGAUUCGACGACCGGACAAGCCGCCCUAUACAACCUCGGCCUAACCGGAAUCCCCAUAACCAACGUCAACAACAACUGCUCGACUGGCUCAACCGCUCUCUACAACGCAGCCAACCUCAUCCGGGGAUCCCUCGCUCAAUGCACCCUAGCGCUCGGCUUCGAGCGCAUGGCGCGUGGGUCGCUUGGGAGUAACUGGAAGGACAGGGAGAGCCCGACUAUGCCUCUGAAUAAAGCGAGUGAAAGGGCGGAGGAGGUGUGGGGUGUUAAUCAUGGCCCCGGGGCGCCGAGGAUGUUUGGGAACGGGGCGAGGGAGUAUUUUGAGAGGUUUGGUGGGGAUGAGAGGGUUUUGGCGAAGAUUGCGUCCAAGAACCAUAAGCAUUCGGUGAAGAAUCCCUAUUCGCAAUUCAGGGAUGGAUGGACGGAGGAACAAGUCCUCGCUGCGCCGAAGAUCACCAAGGAGCUCACGAAGUAUAUGUGCAGUCCCACUUCCGACGGCGCCGCAUGCUGCAUCGUCGCCUCCGAAACCUUCGUCCAUGCGCACAAUCUCGAGAACCAAGCCAUCGAGAUCGUAGCCCAGGCACUGACCACGGACUCGCCUGAAGCCUUCGAAGGAAGGAGUGCGAUGGAUGUCGUGGGAUACGCCAUGUCGAAAAGGUGCGCGGAUAAGGUGUUCAAGGAUGCGGGCUUUGCGGAAGGGCAGGGCAGGGAUCAAGUAGGUGUGGUGGAGCUGCAUGACUGUUUUGCGGCGAAUGAGCUCAUAACUUAUCCGGCGUUGGGGCUCUGCCCGCUCGACGGUGCCGUCAAGCUCGUCGAGGCCGGCGAUAAUACUUACGGCGGCAAGUACGUCGUGAACCCAAGCGGAGGCCUUGAAGCGAAGGGUCACCCAUUGGGGGCAACCGGACUCGGCAUGCAUUUCUACAUCUCCAUGCAACUCCGUAACUGGGCCGGUCCGAUGCAAGCACCAGGCUUGUUCGACGUUUCUGACAAACGAGGAAAAUAUGGUCUGGUACAUAACGUCGGACUUGGUGGAGCCGUCGUCGUUAGUCUCUUGAGAAGGCCAGAGUUCUUCGAGGAAGGUGGACAGGAUGGGAGAGAUCGGGUGGGAUACAAUCAUGCGCAGGAGUGUAGGCCGAUUACGAGGAAGGAUGUGGAUAAGGUCAAGGCGCAGGCUUCAAGUGAGCAUGUGUUGGAGUUUGCGAAGCUGUGAUCUGGGCCUCCGGUCUUGAUAUGUAUGAGUACUUCAGUCGUGGGUUCGUGUACGAAUAAGUGGUAUAUGUUUUGCUCUUGUUCUGCAAUGCUAUAAAUUUCUUCUCUCAGAGGGAAGCUUUC